AUGCAGGCAGUGACCUUUCGUACUUUGCUGCAGCGGUACCAGGAUGACCUGACGUACCCACGCUUCGAGAAGAAGCCCCAGUUUGCGGAUCGGGACUUUGACGACUUUUACAGCAUUGCUUGCAAGGUCGUCAACAAGAUGGUGGCUGAGUACAAAGUACCCAUGGUCCUCGACCAAGCCACCAUCAGCAACACGAACCAUAUGGGGCACCCGCCUCAUGCAGACAACAUCCAGUUCGACUCAGUUUGGUGGAAGGGCAAGAAGGUGCCCAAGCAGGAUGAAGUGCAAGCUGCACGGGAAGGCGCCUAUAUCCUCUGGCGAAACGAGAAAACGUCGUACAGAAGUUAUAGCUGCUCUGUGUCUCUCUGUGACCCAGAUGGCUAUGAAGGAGGUGUUGUACAAUUCUUCAGUGGCUUCGGCAUCAAGGAGCGUGUGCACAAGUGA